UCGACGUUAUAGGUUUUUUGGUCGUUUUCUAUUUAUCUACCUAACGUCCACUGUUGGUAGACGUCAUGAUAUGACAAACAGGAUUGCCGUGAAUAGGUUCUGUUAAAGGUUAAAGUGUCCCAUUCACUAUCCUACAAGCUACUAUAUAUUUAAAUGUUGCCUCUUACUUCAAUAGAGUGAUUGCUGGCAACAUUGAUCCCAGAUGCCAACUAAAUUUAACCAAGAAAAAGAUCCGUGAAAACUUUUUUGAAGUGAAAUCAAUUUCAUCUCCAAAUGGGUUCAUAACUAAUGACUAAAUAUAAUCAAACUGUUACCUUUUUCAGUUUAUAUAAACCAAAUAUAAAUAUGGGUACAUGAAACGUUUAUUUUACAAGUUUAAUAUGACUCAUACUUCGUACAUCUUCGUUAUGAUGAUUGUUUCCUAACUUAUCGUGCCCCAAAGUUAAUAUUCACCAAAAUGUCUGAGAGAAAAGGUACUAAAGCUCUAGAGCUAUGGUGUAAACGACUUGUGAAAGAUUGUCCUAAUGUUCACAUUGAUAACAUGACGACUUCUUGGCGAGAUGGCAUAGCGUUUUGUGCCUUGGUCCACCAUUUCAGACCUGACCUAAUUGACAUGUCAUCAUUGAAACCUGAGAAUAUUUAUGAGAACAACCAACUGGCAUACAGUAUUGCUGAAAAACAUUUGGGGAUUCCCUCACUGCUGGAUCCUGAGGACAUGGUAGAUAAUGAAAUUCCAGACAGACUAUCCAUUUUAACUUAUUUGUCUCAGUUUUACCAAAGACUUGCACAUACAGUUAACACAAAGCCUUCAGACAGUGAGAGUAAAUUGUCCACACCUUCAUCAAGCCAGCAAGUUGCUGCUGCACCAAUAAAAUUUGGCAAGACGGGACUUGAUAAAUGUGCUGCAUGUGGUCUACCUGUCUACCUCGCACAACGCCUUCUCGUUUCUCACAAACUUUACCACAGAAGAUGUUUCCGUUGUUCUAAUUGCUCAGGACAUAUAAACCCUAAGAAUUAUGAGUUGACUGAAGGAUCUGAAUUUGCCUGUGAUAGUUGUAAAAAUGAAAAGAUUUUAUCUAAAUUCUUAAACAAUAAUGAUCAUGAUCAAAUGGGUAUGCUAGCAUUUAGCGAUAAUAAUGUUGAAAAAGAUGAAGUUCAGAAAGAGGAUCCAAUUAGACCCAUAACACGGCCACGGCCGCAGUCAAUAUUAGAGAAAAUAAGUAUGUUUGAAAAGAAUUCUGAAAAAGAUUCACCUGUUGAAGAUAAGUUAUCAAACCUGUCUAUGAAAGACAACAUAACUAGCAAAGUAAAUGAUAUAAAUACAUCUAUCUUAAACAAUACAAACACAGCAACUCGCAUAGACACUAAAACAUAUUCUGUUACUGAUGCAGCAUCUGUCUUCUCCGAUCAUAAUAGCACCAAUAUGGAAAAGAAAGAAAAGAAACAAGACAAUUAUUGUGAUAAAAACUUGCCAGAAAAAACUUAUAAGAGCAACCUUCAAAAGUUCAAUUUUCUGCAAACUCAAUUGUCAGGUGAUCUUUCAAAUGAAGAUAAUAGUUUAUUAGGAUGUACUCAAUCAAACAUUGAAGACUGUAGUAAUGAUAAAUCUGAGUUUGCUAUUGAUAAAAAUGUUAAAGGAAAUACUGACUGCAUACUCAAAGAAGAAAGUAAUAUCACAGAUGAUAACAGAAUAGCACAAAGUAACAUUUUAACAAACAUAGAACAGAUUGCCUCAUCAGGAUCUGAAUCAAAUAGACAAAAAGAUGGAGGUAUAUCUGUUCCACCUAGAAGAAAAAAGCAAGUCACUCCUGAAAAGCUUAAACAAAAUACUGAUAAUGAAGAUACUAAAACAAAUAAGCCUAAAGAUAAAAAUUAUCCCAAACAUUUAAACCCGUUUUCUGAUGAUGAAGAUGAGGAGGAGCCAACUAAGGAACCCCCUAAAGAACCACCCAUAAAAGUGAGCACAAACCCUUUUGGAAGUUCCGACGAAGAGGAGGACGAUGUACCUCCAAUUACCGCACCGUCGAAAAUCCAACAAGAACCUACACCUAUGAAACGCCUUAUAGCAGUUAAUCCAUUCUGGUCUGAUGGCGAAGAGCCUUCAUCGGAUGAAGAAGACAUCCACAAUAAAAGCAGUAGCAAGAUGUACAAGUCGUCCAUGGCGACCAGCACGCCGAACCUGCCGGGCAGCGCGGCGCGGCGCCGGAAGCCGCGCGCGCCGCCCCCACCCGUCGUACUUCACCCCGCCACCUCGGCCGACGACGUCGCCAGCGUCUCCUCUCUCAGCUCCUACAACUCCACCGUCCAUUCUGAUCAGAAAUCAUUCGAUAAAUCCACGCCGUUGCUAAAGAAAAAGAGGCUAGCCCCAACUCCCGCAGACAGCGUCUCUACUGGCUCAGGCUACGGCGACUCUAUGGAGAAGGGCGUCGACACCACAGGCUCCAAGAAUGUUACUUCAGAAAGUGCUCGCAAAAUGAAGGGCCCGGCUCCCGGAUUACCGCUCCCGGAACGACGUGAGGUGAAGCUCCAGAUGUCGCCGGAGGACCUUCAGGUCCAACUGGACAUGCUGGAGACCCAACAGCUAGGUCUGGAGCGCCAGGGUGUCCUCAUCGAGCAGAUGAUACGGGACAAGUGUGAGGGCGACGACUCUGUGUCGGUGCCGCAAGAGGAAGUGGAAGAUUUAGUGAUCCAGCUGUGCGAACUGGUCAACGAGAAGAAUGACCUCUUCAGAAAACAGACCGAACUUAUGUAUAUACGGCGGCAACAAAGAUUAGAGCAAGAACAAGCGGAUAUCGAGCACGAAAUCAGAGUGAUUCAGUCUCGACCGACAGUUAAUCGCAUCGAUGCCGAUAAGGCUCGGGAAGAGCAGCUGGUGUCCCGGCUGGUGGACAUCGUGCGGCUGCGCGACGAGCUGGUGCAGCAGCUGGACGCCGAGCGGCGCCGCGAGCGCCAGGAGGACCGCGCCAUCGCCGCCUCCAUCGCCAGCAAACGAGCUCAAAGGAAUAGUGAAUCCAAUAGCUCCUCGAUGAAAUCCGCUGAAGCUGUUGUUUCACCGAAAAAGAAUAAAGUGAAAGACAAGGUAAAGAAACAGUUGAAGAAGGCCAAGCACACGUUGAUUUCAAAGAAAAAGGAAGACACUGACCGCAAAGAAGACAAAGAAAAAGAAAUCAAAUCAAAGUGACGUAACUGUGAAAGUACCUAUCCGAGAUCACUGAUCUCUUUGAUGUUCAAUGUCAUGAAACUAUUUACGUUACAUUCAACAGUUGGUUUUCAGUUCAUAAAUUAACUAAAUCCAUGUGUUGAAAUAGACUAUGUAAUAUUUUUAUAUAUUUAAGGUCAGUGAGGACUGGUGAAAUUUAUUUUAAUAUUUAAUUGGCCAAUCCAUUCAUGGUUUGGCCAAGACAACGUAUAACGUAAGUUAUAGGAUUUGAAAGUCUCUCUCUGUAUUUUCCCGUUUAUAAAAAGUAUAAAUUAAGUAAAACGGCUGCGAAUUGUAGUACUCAAAGUACUUAACGAAGACUGAAACAUUCCACUAAUAAAUAUUAUUUCUUUUUUCAUAUAGAUGUAUUGUCAUGUCACAUGUUGAUAUUAUGUUACUUAAUUGCCUUUUAAAAAGGUAUCUUACUUAAAAGUAUAACGCACUAUCGCUGAUUGUAAGAAAUUAAAAAUGUGCCAGAAAAUUGUAAUGACAUUGUGUACAGGUCUACCACUUUUAUAAGUUACAUCGAUGUACCUGCGCAGAAGUCUAAUUUUUGUACGGCGCGAAAAUAUUUUAGCUAAUCAGAGCGCGCCAUGUUUACCCGCGAACAGAGCUGUCCGCUAUUGACUAACGCCUACGCGCCAUGUCUGGAGUCCGCGCCGUUGCGUCGUACGCACGAAUCAUUGAAUUUUAAGACUUAUGUCCUAGUAAUAUGGUCGUUAUUUUAUUGAGUUUGUAUUCUGUUUCCUUCAGCGGUAGGACGCGCUAUUCUGCGCCGUCGAAUAUUGCCGAUGUAACUUAUAAACGUGGUAGUACUGUAAAAUGCUCGAAUUGUGUGCCACAUGAAUCUCAUACAUGCUGUGUUUCUUAACUGUUAGUAAUUAUUGUUAGACACAUAUAAUUAGAUGCUCAACAAUUUUAGCGUCUGUUUCACCAUCGACCAGUAAAGUUGCAAGUAAAUUACAGAUCGGUAAUUUUUAGACACACAGUCAAUCAUUAAAGGUAAACAUUUUUUAUGUUUUAAAUUAUUUUGUAAACUUAUCUAUAUGGCGAACUUGUCAAUUUAAAAAGACUUCAUAAAGAAAACUAAAAGUUUGUUAUACAUUUAUGCACAUAAAGUAAGACUCCCAGGUACUAAAGUAGGACCAAUUUAAUAAGUCACAUUUGACAUCUGUCAGCCUAUAGCUAGAAUUGUCAAAAAAUGUCUUCUUUUGUUAGUAUUAUUAAUUUCAAAGAUUUUGGAUAAACCCCUUAAUAAAGAUAAUCUUUGAUUUUUUGUAGUUCUGAUUAUAUGCCCUCCGUUACAAGGUUACAUUUAUGAAUUUAUGAAUGACGACCUCGGUGGCGCAGUGGUAAAGUUCUUGCCACUGGACCGAGAGGUCCCGGGUUCGAUCCCCGGUCGGGUCAUAAUGGAAAAUGAUCUUUUUCUGAUUGGCCCGGGUCUUGGAUGUUUAUCUAUAUAUGUAUUUGUUAUAAAAUAUAUAGUAUCGUUGAGUUAGUAUCCCAUACCACAAGUCUCGAACUUACUUUGGGGCUAGCUCAAUCUGUGUGAUUUGUCCUAAUAUAUUUAUUUAUUUAUUUUAUUUAUUUAUUUAUUUAAUUUGGAUGAAGUGUCAAACGUGACCUGUUAAAUUGAUCCUUCUUUAGUAAUAUUAUAAUUUUUUAUUACUAUACUUAUUAUAUAGAAUUAGAUAUAAUAUAAACACAAGAGAAAUAGCUAUACUUAAGUGUGAUAUUAUUCUUUCUUGUGUAAAAAAGCACAAAUUUAUAUAACGCUUAAAAAACAUCGUUUUAUAUUUUAUUGAAAAAGUUAUGGUUUUUUUUCGAUUACAUUAAGUGUGGCGUUAUUUUAUACAGUUACAUUUUAUAUUAAAAAUAUAUACCUACAUAGAUAUUAUUAAAUUGGGUUAAAAUAUUGUAAUAAAUUAAAAAUUUUAAGUACUAUUGAAGAAUAUUUGUGGCGUGGGUGACAAUAGUGCAAGGCCCUGAGUCUGACGUCCUAAUAAACACUUGCUGAGUAGGGCUAAAGCCGAUAGAUCAAAGGCGCAACAUAGGCGUGCGUAGCAAACAAUGCGCGCAUAUUGUAUGGCAUUAUAAUGGCAGUGUCUAACACUAUUAAUCUUACCAUGUCUUUUAAUGACUUUCUUCUUCUUGUAGUGCUUCUCCAUUACUAGAGGUAAUUUAUGACUUUACACCAAUAUAUAUCAAACUUGGAAAUUUAUUUCAUGGACGUACGCGUAUGCUACCGGUAGGCGUUACACAUUCGGUCUGCACAGCAAGGAAUUGAAAACGCGUGGAAACGCGCAUAAGAAAACAUAAUACAAGAAUAGAUCAUAUUUAACACACUUCUUUGCAAUGCGACUUUUAGCAUUAUUCAUCUAUCCUUUGAUGUGUUGUGAAGAAUUUCUCGCCCACGCCACAUUUUAGCUGCCACACCACCACAUCUUUAUUUGCUUUGUUUUUGCCUCGUAAACCAAAAUAUGUGAACUGAUUUGAAUGAAAAAAAAAUGUGUUACUUGUGUCACAUACCGAUAUUACAAAAAAAAAACUGAAAUGUAAAUGUACUUGUUUGGCCCAAUAGCGACAUCAUCACAUUUUCAUCGGUUAGGUACUUUUUAUAGCGAAAACUAAUAAUAUACCAUUGGUUAAUAUACUAGGUACACUAAGUUUUCCAACAUACAAAAUGUGAUUACAAUUUACGACAAUGAUUUUUGUGGCCAGGCAACCAUUUUCUUUUUAAUACAUUAUCCAAUAGAAAAGUAUAAUACUGUCUAAUAAAAUCAAGUAGGUAUUUGUAGUACCACUUUUUUUGUUUUCGGUAUCAAAUAAGAGAAAUUGAUAAAACUGUGAUGAUGGCGCUAGUGUGCGGGUUGGCCCCAUUUUAAUAUAUAGGGAGGUUGUGUAGAUUUUUUUCUUAAAAUUAAAUUAAAAAAAAAGCGAAGAUCAACGAACCGACACAAUAAAGCAACUCUCAUAGUGGAGAACCACACACCAUAGCCGGCCGUCGAUUUUUUUAUUAUUUAUUAUGCUAUCGAUCAAAUUAUAAUGAGUACGAAAAUAAUUUUAUUAGAAUACAGAAACAUGGCGAUUUUAGGUAAAUGCUGGAUGUUUUAUCAGUCAUUUACUAAUCAUUGUUUUAUCAAACUUUUCAAUUGAAAAUCAAUAACUAGAGAUAUAUAUUAACACCCAGACCUAAUUUUUACACAUUUUAUUUAACUAAAUUCAUAGCUAUAUAACUAGUAUCCAAUAGAGCGUUUGUAGAUUUGCCUUCGACGCGCAAAAAUCUAUAAGUAUCAUUAUUUUAUUUGGCUUAUUUUACAUGGUUGUCACCCAUACAACGCUAAGUAUUAAAUAUCGAUUUUAUUAAGUUUUAGGAAAAAUAAUACUCCAGUCUUCCGAAUUACUGAAAUUUUUAUUUACACUUUUCCCCUACUUUAUUUAUAUCUUGUUUUUUUUUUAUAUUUUAAUUGCAUCAUUAAUUCAUUCAUAAACCAACCAGUUAUCAUCAAGUUAAUAUAUCAAUGUAUAAAAAUAAUAAUAUGGUUUCUUAAUAUACUUAUUUAAGUGCACUUAACACAAACCAAUACAAAUCCAUUUUAAAUACACAAAUCUACUAAUUUCCAGUGUUUUAUUUCAAACCUGUGUUGGGCGAUAAACAAUAAUAUAGUUAUCAGACUAUCACUAGUCACUAAUUAUCUGCUGUCUGUUAUGUACGCUUAAAUAUUUAAAACUAAAGGUUUUUUUUUUAAAUAGUGUGAUUCCUAAUGUUUAGAUGUAAAAUUUAUUACGUAACUUGAGCGAAGCUGGGACGUGCCGCUAGUUGAGAUUAUUGAAAUGAAUAAUUAUUUAAAAAAAAACUUCUACCAUACAUUGUUUUUUUACACUUAUUUAUUAAAAUAUAACUUAUGUAAAAUUUACUAAUAUGUACUUUUACAGUAACAACCGUGGACUUAUUGUAACAACAAUUUAACUGAGAGUUCAUAACAUACUACUGCUUCACGACUUGAUAAAUAGGCUAGUUGCCAUAUAUAAAUCCUUGCUGCAUAGUUUAAUGGAUGACAAUGUUUUAAAAAAAUCUGUAUAUAUUUAUUGACCCCGAACUCGAUUGUUGAUGUACCUAGUUAAUUGUUGACAAAAUCUGUGGAUUUAAGAAGCGAAGUGCGAUUUUUCAUUUCACUUCUCACUAUCGAGUUCGAUUCAAAGUAAGUCGCAACGCACCAUCCACAUUGCGGUGUGGUUGUUAUUGCGUCACUGGCGAACUGUGAUUGGUCAGCUGCGGUCUCACUGCGCAUCGACUAGAUUGUUAGAUUUAAAUAGUAAAGUCACACUACGCACACUGUUGAUACCAAUUCUAAAUUGUUGAUACAAUAAAUGGUUGACCAUACCUACUUACCACCGAAAACCAAGAACAAUAAAAAUCCCAUUUAAUUAAUUUACAAUACUUCAUGAUACUCAAGACUUUAAUAAAUUGGAUAUCUAUUGAUCUCCAUUGAUUGACAAAACACAAAAACGACGUCAUUAUGCGUGAAGUCAAAAAGUAAAAAAGGUUGU